GACUCGGGAGCGGGAGGCAGCGCCGAGCCCGGCCAGCCCCGCUCCGCCAUGGCCCCGGCCGCGGCCCCGGUCCCCCCCCGGUGCCGCCGCUCCCGGUGCCGGUGCCGGGCGCUGCUCCCGGUGCUGCUCCCGUUGCUGCUGCCGCCGCCCCCCCCCGCCGCCGCCUUCAACCUGGAGGCGUCGAGGCCCGUCGCUUUCCGAGGGGCUCCCGGUUCCCUUUUCGGCUUCGCUUUGGAUUUUUACCUGCCCAAACCCCGGAGUGUCAGCAUCCUGGUGGGGGCCCCCAAGGCCAACACCAGCCAGCCCAACGUCACCCAGGGGGGGGCCGUCUACCACUGCCCCUGGCCCCCCGGCGCUGACUGCACCCCCAUUGACUUCGACCACAUCGGGACCCGCAGCCACGACUUUGGGGGCAACGGCACCGAGAACCCCGACCCCGUGGAGUUCAAGUCCCUGCAGUGGUUCGGGGCCACCGUGCGGGCACACAACGCCUCCAUCCUGGCUUGCGCCCCCCUGUACAGCUGGCGCCCCACCAAGGACGAGGGGGGCCGGGACCCCGUGGGCACCUGCUUCCUCUCCAUCGGCAACUUCUCCAAAUUCGUCGAGUACGCGCCCUGCCGCUCAGAUCUGAACUCUGCAGCCGGGCAGGGCUACUGCCAGGGGGGCUUCAGCGCCGAGUUCACCCAGACGGGACGCGUGCUCCUGGGGGGCCCCGGCAGCUACUUCUGGCAAGGGCAGGUGAUGUCGGCCACGCAGGAGCAGAUCGCGGCCUCGAGCUACCCCGAGUACUUCAUCCAGGACGUGGCCGGGCAGCUGCAGACGCGCCAGGCGGCCCCCACCUACGACGACAGCUACAUGGGCUACUCAGUGGCAGUCGGUGAGUUCAGCGGGGACACGACGCAAGACUUCGUGGCCGGUGUCCCCAAGGGCAACCUCACCUACGGCUACGUCACCAUCCUCAACGGCACCAACAUGAAGUCCCUCUACAACUUCUCCGGGGAGCAGGUGGGGUUGUCUUCAAAUCGGGAUUGCAUCCCCCAAAUAGGGAUUGCACCCCCAGAUCGUGGCCGCAUCCUGCAGAUUGCACCCCCAGAUUGUGACUGCAUCCUGCAGAUCGCAAUUUGA